UUCAGAUCCGGAGAUCACCGGCUUGUGGAGAGAGAGAGAGAGAGAGAGAGAGAGAGAGAGAGAGAAAGACAGAAAGAGAGAGAGAGAGAGAGAGAGAGAGAGAGCGCGGGCUGGAGGCUGGGCGCUCGCGCGGAUCGGGGGUCCAUGCGCGGUGUCGCCGCCUGACGCGAGCUCGGCCCGUGAGCUCUCCUCUGUGCCGUCUCUCUGAUAAUGGUAGCCGUGCUCCGCUCGGUCGUGGCGCUCGUGCUGCUGCUCGGUCAGGUGUGGCUGGGCGCCGCCGCCGGUCUGAUUCCCGACGUGGAGCGGCGGAGGCACGCGCCCGAACACUCCGAGCGCUUUCUGCGCGACUUCGAGCUCCGACUGUUGAACAUGUUCGGUUUGAAGCGGAAACCCACACCGAGCAAGGGAGCCGUGGUACCCCAGUACAUGCUGGACCUUUAUUAUACGCACUCGGAGACCGGAGAGCAGAAAAGCGUCCGGCGGCCCAGGAGCGUCAUGGGGAGGCACACGGAGCGCGCGGCCAGCAGAGCCAACACCAUCCGGAGUUUCCAUCACGAAGAAGCUUUAGAGGCCCUGUCCAGCCUGAAAGGAAGGACCACACAGCAGCUGUUUUUCAACCUCACUUCAGUGCCGGCAGAGGAGCUCAUCACGGCUGCAGAGCUACGCAUCUUCAGAGACCAAGUGCUCAGUGAUUUUACUCAGAGCAACACCAGCCAUGCUGGAGCCUUUCAGCGCAUUAACAUUUUUGAGGUGUUUAGGCCAGCUCAUUCCCCCUCACAGGAGCCUCUCACCAGACUUUUGGACACUCGUCUGGUGCAGGACUCACAUUCGCGCUGGGAAAGCUUUGAUGUAAGCUCAGCAGCAGCACGCUGGGCCACACAGCCACACCACAACCAUGGCCUCAUGGUGGAGAUUCUGCACCCACGCGAUGCCAGUGAUGGUGAGGAGGCCAAGGCAAGCAGGAGUAGGCAUGUGAGGGUGAGCCGGUCCCUGCACGCCGACAAUGAAUCCUGGGUUCAGGCUCGGCCACUGCUGGUCACUUACAGCCAUGACGGCCAGGGCACUGCAGUGCUCCACAGAGAAAAGCGGCAGGUGCGGCGUCCACUGAAACAGCGGCGCAAACAGCAGCGAGCCAACUGCCGCCGGCACCCACUCUAUGUAGACUUUAGUGAUGUGGGCUGGAACGUGUGGAUUGUGGCACCACCAGGCUACCACGCCUUUUACUGCCAAGGCGAGUGCCCUUUCCCACUGUCAGAUCACCUGAAUUCCACCAACCAUGCCAUUGUGCAGACCCUUGUGAACUCUGUGAACUCCAAUGUGCCACGGGCAUGUUGCGUACCCACAGAACUCAGUCCCAUCUCGCUGCUCUACCUGGAUGAGUAUGAGAAGGUUGUUUUAAAGAACUAUCAAGACAUGGUGGUGGAGGGCUGUGGUUGCCGAUGAGAACUAAACUAAUGAAACUUAUGAAGACUUUUUUAUUUAUAUGAAAGAACUUUGAAAAAGAGUUAUU